ACCGCCAGGCCGCGAAGUUGGGGUUAAAGGCCGAGAAGUUGGGGGAGACUAACCUGGCAGGGAGCCCCCAAUGAGCCACCUUUCUUCAUCCCCCCCAAAACAUAAGGGGGAGCACAAAGGCCACAGUCUCCCCCGUGGUUCAGAAAGGGGCGGCUCCUCCCGGGACAAGGACCGCAGCGUGUCGGUGAGCAGUUCAGUGUCCAUGCCCGCUGGAGGCAAGGGCAGCCGCACCAACUGCGCCCAGUCCACGCCCCAGAAGGUCCCCAACCGCCUCAUCAGUGAGAAGUCACCGUACCUCCUGCAACAUGCCUACAACCCUGUGGACUGGUACCCGUGGGGACAGGAAGCCUUCGACAAGGCCAGGAAAGAAAACAAGCCCAUUUUCCUUUCAGUGGGGUACUCCACCUGCCACUGGUGCCACAUGAUGGAGGAGGAGUCCUUCCGGAAUGAGGAGAUUGGCCGCCUGCUCAACGAAGACUUUGUUAGUGUCAAGGUGGACCGGGAGGAGCGGCCAGAUGUGGACAAAGUGUAUAUGACCUUCGUGCAGGCCACCAGCAGUGGUGGGGGCUGGCCCAUGAGUGUGUGGUUGACUCCCAACCUCCAGCCCUUUGUGGGGGGCACCUAUUUCCCCCCCGAGGAUGGCUUGACCCGAGUUGGCUUCCGGACAGUGUUGCUAAGAAUACGGGAUCAGUGGAAACAGAAUAAGAAUGCCCUGCUAGAGAACAGCCAGCGUGUCACCACGGCCCUGCUGGCCCGGUCGGAGAUCAGCACGGGGGACCGCCAGCUGCCGCCCUCGGCGGCCACCAUGAACAGCCGCUGCUUCCAGCAGCUGGAUGAGGGCUAUGAUGAGGAGUACGGCGGCUUCGCUGAGGCCCCCAAGUUCCCCACACCAGUGAUCCUGAGCUUCCUGUUCUCCUACUGGCUCAGCCACCGACUCACCCAGGAUGGCUCCCGGGCCCAGCAGAUGGCCUUGCACACCCUGAAAAUGAUGGCCAAUGGGGGCAUCCGAGACCACAUAGGGCAGGGCUUUCACCGCUACUCCACGGACCGCCAGUGGCACGUCCCCCACUUUGAGAAGAUGCUGUAUGAUCAGGGGCAGCUUGCCGUGGCCUAUUCCCAGGCCUUCCAGAUCUCUGGCGACGAGUUCUAUUCCGACGUUGCCAAAGGCAUCCUGCAGUACGUGGCUCGGAACCUGAGUCACCGGUCUGGAGGCUUCUACAGCGCAGAGGAUGCGGAUUCGCCCCCGGAGCGGGGCCUGCCGCCCAAAGAGGGCGCCUUCUACGUGUGGACCAUCAAAGAGGUCCAGCAGCUGCUCCCAGAGCCCGUGCUGGGUGCCACGGAGCCGCUGACCUCCGGCCAGCUCCUCAUGAAGCACUACGGGCUCACGGAGGCCGGCAACAUCAGCCCCAGCCAGGACCCCAAGGGGGAGCUGCAGGGCCAGAACGUGCUGACCGUGCGGUACUCCCUGGAGCUGACCGCGGCCCGCUUCGGCCUGGAGGUGGAGGUGGUGCGGACCUUGCUCAAUACAGGGCUGGAGAAGCUCUUCCAGGCCCGGAAACGUCGGCCGAAGCCGCACCUGGACAGCAAGAUGCUGGCCGCCUGGAACGGACUGAUGGUAUCUGGUUACGCUGUGACCGGAGCUGUCCUGGGCAUGGAGAGGCUGGUCAACUACGCCACCAAUGGUGCCAAGUUCCUGAAGCGACACAUGUUUGACGUGGCCAGCAGCCGUCUGAUGCGGACCUGCUACGCAGGAUCUGGGGGGACCGUGGAGCACAGCAACCCGCCCUGCUGGGGCUUCUUGGAGGACUACGCCUUCGUGGUGCGGGGCCUGCUGGACCUGUACGAGGCCUCGCUGGAGAGUGCGUGGCUCGAGUGGGCUCUGAGGCUGCAGGAUACGCAAGACAGGCUCUUCUGGGACUCCCGUGGUGGCGGCUACUUCUGCAGUGAGGCUGAGCUGGGGGCUGGCUUGCCCCUGCGUCUGAAGGAUGACCAGGAUGGUGCAGAGCCCAGCGCCAACUCCGUGUCGGCCCACAACCUGCUCCGGCUGCACGGCUUCACGGGCCACAAGGACUGGAUAGACAAAUGUGUGUGCCUGCUGACGGCCUUCUCCGAGCGCAUGCGCCGUGUCCCCGUGGCAUUGCCCGAGAUGGUCCGGGCCCUUUCGGCCCACCAGCAGACUCUCAAGCAGAUCGUCAUCUGUGGAGACCCCCAGGCCAAGGACACCAAGGCUCUGGUGCAGUGUGUCCACUCCAUCUACAUCCCUAACAAGGUGCUGAUUCUGGCCGAUGGGGACCCCUCUAGCUUCCUGUCCCGCCAGCUGCCCUUUCUGAGUACCCUGCGGCGGCUAGAAGACCGGGCCACCGCCUACGUGUGUGAGAACCAAGCCUGCUCCAUGCCUAUCACGGAGCCCAGUGAACUGCGAAAAUUGCUGCAUCAUUGACUGCCUGGCCCCCCUGGGCUGGGACUGGAGCAGGAGGCGGAGCUCCCCGACCCACCAGAGAAUGAGCCCUGUAGGGCCCCGCAGAGCCUGCGGCCAACCCUGGGCACCCUGUCACCAGGUGACCUGGCCAUCCACACUGACCGCAUGGGCACCCACUCACCUUGAAAUAAACCUAACAGCGUCCCGCGGUAA